GCCAAAAAAACCCUAACCCCUCACCACGUAAUUCCCGGGAUUUACCGAAAUGCCACUCUUCGCUUCCAAAUUCGCGCCGCUGAUCCCCCGGCUCCGCCGCCUCUCCACCGCGGCGGCGGCGGCGACGGCGACGGCCGCCGGGGAGGACCCGAAGCUGUCGCGCAUAGCGGACCAGCUCCUGGAACUCUCCCCUGCCGAGCUCGACGACUACUCGGCGCUCCUGCGGCUCAAGCUCCGCCUCUCGCUCACGUCGAGCGCCGCAUCGGGGGCCGCGGCCACUGGCGCGGCCGGAGACGCCGCCUCCGGCUCCGCCGGCGCGGAGGAGGCCGCGGCGGUGAAGACGUCGUUCGAUGUCAAGAUCGAGAAGUACGAGGCGGCGGCGAAGAUAAAGAUCAUCAAGGAGGUGCGCGCGGUGACGGACCUGGGGCUGAAGGAGGCGAAGGAGCUCGUGGAGAAGGCGCCGGUCGUGGUGCGAUCCGGGCUUCCCAAGGAGGAGGCCGAGGCGCUCGCCGCCAAGCUCAAGGCCGCCGGCGCCGCCGUCGCGCUCGAGUGAUCCCGAGCGGAAGAACGGGUUCGCCCUUUUUAUUUUUGGUUCCUACUGUUAUCCUUAGAUCGAAGAUGCUACGCUUGUGGGUGCCUUGGUUUGUUUGGAUUGAAAUUCGAUGCAAUUGGGGCAAUUGAUCAGGUGUAUAAGAAGAUGCAGGUCUUGAUUGCAUUGUUGUAGCUUGCCUAGUUACUGAUUUAUCUUGUUGAAUCACGCAAUAAUGUCUAUUUUAGUGGUCUGGGAUCACUGGAUGGUAUAUCUGAUUAGCUGAAUUGACUUGUCUGGGGGGGCUUACAGAGAUACAAUUGUAGUUGGCUCUACUGUAUCGAGUGAUUCGCAUAUGGUUAGCUUCAGUUAUUUGUUGCUUUGGAAUGUCACCAGAAUGAAAAGCCUCCUCUGUCUUUGUUCUUGUGCACCAGGAUGCUAGCUUCAGUUAUUUGGAGUACUAUCUUGUAAUCAUAUUGUGGAAGGCAAAGCUUAAAUCUGCUCA